UUAGGGACUUUAAGCAACAGCUGCGAAUGGAACGGCAACGGUGACCGGAAGUAUGCUGUCAGACCGCCGUAGCCAAGAACGUAAAAAUCACUAAGCAACCGUAAACAGGACGGCGCAACACGGCAUUCAGUCAUUUAUUCUGAUACAAAAAAAUGUCAUUUAAAAAAGCAAGAGAAGGAUUGCUUUUGGCAUUAAAUGACAAUCUAUUGUCAGAAGAGGAGUUUUUACUAUUGUAUGAUGUAAAUAAGUCUAAAAACCUAGAUUUACCGUGUAAGCAAUACUUGCCUUUUAACCUUGAUUACAUGGAUGAAGACGAAUGCUUAAAUGAAUUUCGUGUCAGAAAAUGUGACCUAGCAAUUCUGGUAGAUGCUCUCGGGAUUCCCAAUGAAAUUGUUUGUGAUCAGAGAAGUGUUGUGGGAGGAGUCGAGGCGCUGUGUAUGCUCCUUAAAAGGCUGGCAUACCCUUGCCGGUACAGUGAUAUGAUGCAAAGGUUUGGUCACAGACAAGUCCCGGUCCUUUGCAUGGCCACAAACUCCAUGCUGGACUAUAUAUAUUCUGCACAUCAUCACAGGAUAACUCAGUGGAAUGAAAACAUACUGAACCCUGUAGCAUUGAGAACAUAUGCUGACUGCAUCCUCCAAAUGGGAGCCCCUCUGGAUAAUUGCUUUGGGUUCAUUGAUGGCACUGUACGACCCAUUGCCAGACCAGGUGUAACACAGAGGAUCUUAUAUAAUGGUCAUAAACGCAUCCACAGUCUAAAAUACCAGGCAGUAGCCAUUCCUAAUGGUUUAAUUGGCCAUUUGUAUGGCCCUGUAGAGGGAAAGAAGCAUGACUCUGGAAUGCUGGCAGAAUCUGGGCUGUUGGCAUUGCUGCAACAUCAUGCCAUGUCUGUAGAUGGUCAUCCAAUGUGUGUGUAUGGGGACCCAGCAUACCCACUGCGUGUGCAUCUGCAAGCCCCAUUUCGACAUGUUCAUCUCACCCCUCAAAUGAUGGAAUACAACAAACGAAUGAGUGAAGUCAGAGUGUCUGUGGAGUGGUUGUUUGGGUACAUAGCAAACUACUUCAAGUUCAUGGACUUCAGAAAAAAUUUAAAAAUUGGUUUAAGUAGUGUUGGAAAAUUGUAUGUUGUAUCUGCUUUGUUAAGAAAUGCACUAACUUGUCUGUACGGUAAUCAGACAUCGCAGUUUUUUAACUUGGAUCCUCCACACAUUCGUGACUAUUUUUCAUGAGGUAACACAUGCACAACUACACUGUGCUAUGUAGGCCUAUGUGUAAAUAAAUAAAUUAAAAAUAAAUAAAUAUAACAUAAUAUACAAACACACAAUAUAAAAACAGAAUAAAAGAA